CAGGGAGUCUCUGGCGCCGGGAGCGAGCCUCAAUGUCAUUUAGCUCGACCUCCCACCCCGGCACAUCUUCCGGUCUCCCGCUGCCCAGCGCGUGGGGGGCUCUCGACGCUCCUUGGACACCGCGAGGUGGAGCCGCCCGACGCCCCACGGCAGCCUGAGGCCGAGUCCCAGAGGAGGAGGAGGGCCGGCGCCCUCGGGGACCCAUGUCUCCGCUGUAGCGCCCGCUGAAGGAGGCCGCGAGAAUUCCUUCCCCAGAGCCAAGCCGCCCCCAGCCCCGCGCAGCCCCAGCCUGCCUCCCGCCACCCAGCUGCCCGCCAUGCCCUCCAGCGGCCCCGGGGACACCAGCAGCUCCGCUCCGGAGCGGGAGGAGGACCGCAAGGAGGGAGAGGAGCAGGAGGACGCCCGCGGCAAGGACGAGCGGCAGGAGCCGAGCACCACAGCGCGGAAGGUGGGGCGGCCCGGACGGAAGCGCAAGCACCCCCCGGUGGAGAGCAGCGAGGCGCCCAAGGACGCGGCCGUGGCCUCCAAGUCCCCGUCCAUGGCCCAGGACUCCGGCCCCGCAGAGCUGUUACCCAAUGGGGACUUGGAGAAGCGGAGCGAACCCCAGCCCGAGGAGGGGAGCCCCGCCGCGGGGCAGAAGGGCGGGGCCCCCGCCGAGGGAGAGGGGGCCGCGGAGACCCCGCCCGAAGCGUCCAGAGCGGUGGAGAACGGCUGCUGCACCCCCAAGGACGGCCGGGGCGCCGCCGCCGAGGAGGGCAAAGAGCAGAAGGAGACCACCAUCGAGCCCAUGAAAACGGAGGGCUCCCGGGGCCGGCUGCGGGGGGGCCUGGGCUGGGAGUCCAGCCUGCGCCAGCGGCCCAUGCCGAGGCUCACCUUCCAGGCGGGGGACCCCUACUACAUCAGCAAACGCAAGCGGGACGAGUGGCUGGCGCGCUGGAAACGGGAGGCUGAGAAGAAGGCCAAGGUCAUCGCAGUGAUGAACGCGGUAGAGGAGAGCCAGAGCUCGAGCGAGCCCCAGAAGGUGGAGGAGGCCAGCCCGCCGGCCGUGCAGCAGCCCACGGACCCCGCCUCCCCCACGGUGGCCACCACGCCGGAGCCCGUGGGCGCCGAGGCCGGGGACAAGAACGCCACCAAAGCAGCCGAUGACGAGCCCGAGUAUGAGGACGGCCGGGGCUUUGGCAUUGGGGAGCUGGUCUGGGGGAAACUGCGGGGCUUCUCCUGGUGGCCUGGCCGCAUCGUGUCCUGGUGGAUGACGGGCCGGAGCCGGGCGGCCGAAGGCACGCGCUGGGUCAUGUGGUUCGGCGACGGCAAGUUCUCAGUGGUGUGCGUGGAGAAGCUGAUGCCGCUGAGCUCCUUCUGCAGCGCCUUCCACCAGGCCACCUACAACAAGCAGCCCAUGUACCGCAAGGCCAUCUACGAAGUCCUGCAGGUGGCCAGCAGCCGAGCAGGGAAGCUGUUCCCCGCGUGCCACGACAAUGACGAGAGUGACACAGGCAAGGCCGUGGAGGCUCAGAACAAGCAGAUGAUCGAGUGGGCCCUCGGGGGCUUCCAGCCCUCGGGCCCUAAGGGCCUGGAGCCCCCAGAAGAGGAAAAGAACCCGUACAAAGAAGUCUACACGGACAUGUGGGUUGAACCCGAGGCAGCUGCCUACGCGCCGCCCCCACCAGCCAAAAAGCCGAGGAAGAGCACCACGGAGAAGCCCAAGGUCAAGGAGAUCAUCGACGAGCGCACCAGAGAGCGGCUGGUGUACGAGGUGCGGCAGAAGUGCCGGAACAUCGAGGAUAUUUGCAUCUCUUGCGGGAGCCUCAACGUCACCCUGGAGCACCCUCUCUUCAUUGGAGGAAUGUGCCAAAACUGCAAGAACUGCUUUCUGGAGUGCGCCUACCAGUACGACGACGACGGCUACCAGUCCUACUGCACCAUCUGCUGCGGGGGCCGCGAGGUGCUCAUGUGCGGGAACAACAACUGCUGCAGGUGCUUCUGUGUGGAGUGUGUGGACCUCCUGGUGGGGCCAGGCGCGGCGCAGGCGGCCAUCAAGGAAGACCCCUGGAACUGCUACAUGUGCGGGCACAAGGGCACCUACGGGCUGCUGCGGCGGCGAGACGACUGGCCCUCCCGGCUCCAGAUGUUCUUCGCCAACAACCACGACCAGGAAUUUGACCCGCCGAAGGUUUACCCUCCGGUCCCCGCCGAGAAGCGGAAGCCCAUCCGGGUGCUGUCCCUCUUCGACGGCAUCGCCACGGGGCUCCUGGUGCUGAAGGACUUGGGGAUCCAGGUGGACCGCUACAUCGCCUCCGAGGUGUGCGAGGACUCCAUCACCGUGGGCAUGGUGCGCCACCAGGGGAAGAUCAUGUACGUCGGGGACGUCCGCAGCGUCACGCAGAAGCAUAUCCAGGAGUGGGGCCCGUUCGACCUGGUGAUCGGGGGCAGUCCGUGCAAUGACCUCUCCAUCGUCAACCCCGCCCGCAAGGGGCUCUACGAGGGCACUGGCCGGCUCUUCUUCGAGUUCUACCGCCUGCUGCAUGAUGCGCGGCCCAAGGAGGGAGAUGACCGCCCCUUCUUCUGGCUCUUUGAGAAUGUGGUGGCCAUGGGCGUGAGCGACAAGAGGGACAUCUCACGGUUUCUCGAGUCCAACCCCGUGAUGAUCGAUGCCAAAGAAGUGUCAGCCGCACACAGGGCCCGCUACUUCUGGGGGAACCUUCCUGGCAUGAACAGGCCCCUGGCGUCCACUGUGAACGACAAGCUGGAACUGCAGGAGUGUCUGGAGCACGGCCGCAUCGCCAAGUUCAGCAAAGUGAGGACCAUUACCACGAGGUCAAACUCCAUAAAGCAGGGCAAAGACCAGCAUUUCCCCGUCUUCAUGAACGAGAAGGAGGACAUUCUCUGGUGCACUGAGAUGGAAAGGGUGUUCGGCUUCCCGGUCCACUACACCGACGUGUCCAACAUGAGCCGCCUGGCCAGGCAGAGACUGCUGGGCCGGUCCUGGAGCGUGCCGGUCAUCCGCCACCUCUUCGCUCCACUGAAGGAAUAUUUCGCUUGUGUGUAAGGGACACGUGGGGGCCAACCGAGGUAGCGCCGCAAAGUCACACAAACAAACGGAGAAAAAAAACAAACACAAACACACAACACAACAACAACAAAAAACACCGAGAACAUGAAGAUGGAGAGAAGUAGCAGCACCCAGAAGAGAAAACAGGAAUUUAACACCAAACCCACAGAGGCGGAAAGAGCCGGAGGGCCGGGCCUGGCCGAGGAAGGUUGCGAACAGCUCCGAUGGUUUUCAGUGUCUUCGGUCCUAUUUAAAAACCAAACCGAGCUCCACCCCCGUCCCCUCCUUCACUCCCAAAUGCCCUCCACGCCCCCUUUUUUUUUUUUUGGUCAGAUCUUUUGUUUUACUCUUUCAGAGGGGUUUUUCUGUUUGUUUGGGUUUUUGUUUCUUGCUGUGACUGAAACAAGAGGGUGGAUUGCAGCAAAAAAAAAAAUCAGUAACAACAGCAACAAGAGUAACGAUAAUACCUUGCCAAGGAAAGCUAGGAGAGAAGGAGAAAGAGAAAAUUCUAUCAAAAUUUAUAUAUUGGAGAUAUAUAUAUAUAUAUUUUUUGCUCUAUAACUUUUCGUUGUUGUCUCUAGCCUGAUCAGAUAGGAGCACGAGCGGGGGACAGAGCAGAGAGGCGCUCUGGAGGCGGCCCGAGUCCCUGCCGGCCCCCGCGACAUCUCGCCAGCACCAUCCUGGUUCGUGCAAAAGAGAACCCAGCUAGCUGCAGGGAGCCGAGACCAGCACUCCAGACCCCUCCAGCUUUUCAGGUGCCUACCACACAGGAAACCUUGACGAAAAUCAGUUCCUAGAAGCCGCUGUUACCUCUUGUUUACAGUUUAUAUAUAUAUGAUAGAUGCGAGAUAUAUAUAUAUAUAUAAAAGGUACUGUCAACUACUGUACAACCCGACUUCAUAAUGGUGCUUUCAAACAGCGAGAUGAGUAUCAAAACAUCAGCUUCCACAUUGCCUUAUGUGCAAAGGGUUCUAACCGCGGACGGAAAAAUGGGUGACAGCUGGGGUGGGGGGGUGACAAACCGUUAUCCUGGUGGGUUGGGGGCUUCUCCGCCCCCUUGUUUAUGAACAAGGCAAGGAGGAGAAUUUGAAAACAGCACCUCCCCCUUCUCCCUGCCAAAGGAAGGGGGGAUUCCGGUGAGCUGGGGUGGGGGGGUGUGGAAGGCUGAGAGUGGGGUUGAUUUCAUCCAGGCUCAUGCAAUAACCUUUGAUUUAUUAUUUUUUUAUUUUUGAAAAAAAAAAAAAAGAACCCCUGCUCCUCUGCCCUCGGCGUACUGGCAGGAUUGGGGGGGUACGGGCGUCUUUAUUCCCCACUUUUCACAUUAGCCCGUUCGAGGGCACCUUGUGGGAAUCAGAAAAAUAACCACGAUAAAACCAACCAAGCCCGGAGUGCGGGCAAGUGACCGACCCCACCUCACCCGGAGCGAAUAAAAAAACAUACAAAACGUGCUGGUGCUUCCCUAAGUCGCCUUUUGUGUGUUCUUUUAUGAAGCCCCUGCCCCCCCUCCCUCCGCGCCCCUGCACCAGGUGACCGUGCGCAAUGCUUUUGGUCAUCUCCACAGGCUGCAGACUGGCCCUGGGACACGGGGGCACCUUUGCAUUCUUCAGAUUCUGGUUCUGUUGGUUUUCCAGAGUUUCUUUUUAAGAAAUCAAAAACCCACCCCCUGCCCCCAUCCCACCCCCCCCUCUCCCUUUAAGGUUUCAAACCAAGGUGCAGGGAGCAGGGUGCUUCUCAGUCAGGGGUGGCCCCGGUGCCCUGGCUCCUCCCCUCGGGGCCAGGUGGGCCACCCGGCGGGCACAGCAGCCAGGUUGGUGGGGUCCCCCACCCCCCAGGCCGGCCUCUCUGGCGCGCCCGCCCACCUCUCCUCCUCCCCCCCACCCCCCUCGAGUCCCGUGUGUCAGGACUGGAGGGGCGGGGCGUCUCCUGCACGUGCGAGGUGGGGGUGCUGUGUCUUUCUUUUCUAGUACUUGGUCUGAUGGCUGAGCUCUCGCCCGGGGCCUGCCAGUGGUGCUCUGCGGGUGACCCAGCGGGCAGAGGCUCGCCGGAUUGUCGGGGUGUAGAUAUGUGGCAUAUAGAGAUUUAUAUUUUAUAAUGGGAGGGGGGUGGACCUCCUGGGCAGGGCAGGGCCAGGAGGUGAGCCGUCAAGCACAGGGGGGGGCCCGAGUUUGCACCCCUCGCACGAUGGGGCCUACGGGGAUAGGCACCGUAUAGAUGCGUAGCUAGGGUCACACGGAAGGAGCUAGGGAAGGGGCGCGAGGCCCGAGGCUCAGGAUGCUGAGCCCCGGGCCCCCCUGGCAGACCGCCCCUGCCCGCCUCCCCCCAAUCAAUCAGCCCCCUCCCCUCCCCUCCCUCCCCACGCAGACACAGGAAGUGAUUUCUGAUCGACUGCAUUACAGAGGCAUCGCCAGGGCGCGCCCCGCGUGCUGGUCCCCGGGAUCCGGGGACGGGGCCCCAUGGCACUACCUCUGUUGCCCUGAUGGCAGGUGGACUGGCAGUGCCAGGAGCUGCCCGGUGCUGAAGGCAGGGAGGGGCAGGUGCUCGCCUCUGGCAGGGACGGGGCCAUUUCCGGUCCCGAGUGACGUCAAGACUCUUGUGUUAGCGACCCGUGACACUGGCCUGCAGCUCAAGGCACCGGUCAGGUCAGCCCUCAGCUCCCCCUACCUAUUCUCCCCCAGCCCCCGAUUGGCAUCCUCGUCUGUCUGUCUGUCUGUCUGUCUGUCUGUCUGUCUGUCUGGGCCAGCAGGCCUCCUGGGGGCAGCAGAAAGGGGAUGUAAAGCUCAAUCAGUAAUUGGACGGAAUAAUAAGCCGGGGCCCCCAGCCCCUCAUUGCUCUGGAGAUGACGCUCACGGCGGGCGGCUGGCCCUCUCCCCCUCCCCCGGGCCCCAGGACAGCCCGCCACCCCCUGGGCGACGGCAGGGGGCAGCCAGGCACCUGGUCACGGUGCCCACCCCGCCGCCGUCUCCAUCUUCCUGGCCCGCACCCCACCAGCACGGCUCGCGAGGGCGGGGCAGUGCCCCCAGGUGCUCCCUCCCUGCCGCCCCGGGGCCUCCCUCUGGCCUGGUGCUGCCCACCACGCAGGUGAAGGGGCUUAUCUCCCCCUGACAGCCCCACCCGGGCUCCUGCCUGCGGGGAAGGAAGCUGGUUGCCAGGGUUGCUGCGGGGGGUGGGGGGGGCUCGCUGGGGAUGAGAGCCCCUCACCCAUGCUCCCUCCCCGCCCCAUCCCAGCUGGUGCUGUGCCCACCCACGGGCGCUGUGCAGACGCGCACUCAACCUCGGGGGAUGGCAGCCCCCCGCCCCCGCCACCCCCACUCCGAGGCGUGCUUCAUGCACCUGAGGCCCAGACGCCGGCAGAGAGAGCAGGAAGAUUCUGGGGUUUGCUUCGGGGCUGGGGCCAGGACGGUCCCUGCGGAUGCAGGCGCUCCCCGCACCGGGCUGCCGCCGCGGGGGUCAGCUGCAUCCUCCUUCCCAGACCCUGGAACCUUCUUGCUAUUGUCUGUGCUACUGGGCCGCACGCUGGCCCGAGGCCCCAGGGGUGUCCGGUGCAGACUGGACAGUUAGCGGGCCAGCAGCGGGGGUGUGGGCAGGAGGGGUUUCCCUGGGCCCGGGUCUCCUCUCCUCUCCCUGUGGCUUGUCCACAAAGUGGCUGUGACUUCCCGUGGUGCUGCCUGGCCUGACCCCCUGUUUGUAGUCACGGGCACCUGGGAGUUGGGGGGGGGAAGGGAGCCCGCUGGGGCAGAAAGACCCUUUGGGUUUAGGUGGCUCCUCUGCGAGCAUGGGGGCCUGGCUGGUGGCCUCGGAAUAGCCCCCCGCUCCCCCAGAUAGCCCCCCCCUGGCCCCGGGGAGGGAGAGAGCAGCCCCGCUGUGCGGUCAGGACGGGAGGCCCCUUUGGCAGAAGGACUCGGGACUUCUUGAGUCCGUCCGUCCGUCCGUCCCUCCAUCCGUCCAUCUCCAGGCAAUGAACAGGGCGAGGACAGUCCCCGUCCCGAGUCCCCGCCACUCCCAGACUGACCUGGCUGCCCCAGGCCUAGAAUAGACAGACAACGACGACGACAACGACGACAACAAAAUGCCGAAAUUCCUUAGAAUACGCAGCGGGAGGAGGCGACCCCAAACGGUGCUAAAACAUUUUAUUAAAAAUAUAUAUUGUUAAAUUAAGUCUGCUGUCUGGACAAUGACUGUUUGUUUUGUUUUCUCGUAGUGGAGUUUAAAAGAGACUAUUAUUUUACUCUGAUAUAUUAUUAUUAAAAAGGCAUUUUAACUUUGUACUUGAAAACUAAAUGAGCGAUUUCAUGUGUUUUAGCUGAGGCAUUGAAGUAGCGGGUGCUUACCUAUUUGUGGGAAUCAUGUAUCCAUACUGAAGAAUAAACUCUGUAGCUGAUUUGGUAAUAACUUUUCCUGUUACACACGAUUUCGCUUUGACCCCGGCGGCCGAGCGCUUUUACUCCACAUUCCACGCAGCUAAAUGCAGGACUCCCCCCCCACCCCCGCCCCGCCCCCCAGCCCCCACGUUCGUUCCCAUCCUCCCCGACUCCAACCCCCAGCGCCUUCCCCUCCCGAGCCCUCCACCCCGCACCCCUCCCCUUUCUCUUCAGUUCCUCUUUUGAUCCUAAUUUAGGUUUUUCCCCCCCCAGUUCCAGCAUCCUCCCACCACUGGGUUUUAUUUUUUCUUCUUUUCCUUUUGUUUUUAGGGUUGCUUCUCUAUUUAUUGACAAUAAUAAUGUACAUUUCACAGUCUGGUUCUGGGACAUCCCGGGAGGGGCGUGUGUGCGAGGGCCCCCGCGGGUCUCCCACUGCUCCCCCCCACCCCCCACCCCCGGGGUUCUGUUGUAUCUCUGUGUAAGUGAUGCUCGUGACAUAGCUGUUUAUGAAAUAAUUAAAGAGGUCAAUGCGUACAGCCGAUGUAGAAAAGUCUGUCAAUGCCGCCUUCAUCACAUUUUUUGUGUGUGCCCAGAAGAAUAUAAUAAAGCUCCUUUCUAAUGUACUUGUGCUGGAGGACACUUGAAUAAAUGGACUGUUUUUGUGCAAAAAGGAAAACCGGAAAAA